UCGGUGAACUGCAGAGUUGACCUUAUCUAGCUCUCUAUCGCGGGCUGGCUACAGCAGUGGGCCAGACUGGAUCAGACGGAACAUUGAACAUGCACAGGUUAGCUGUUCCCGUAGGAGCUCUAGCGGUGAUUCUGGGUUGCUGGUACGUGGGGGGAGCUCUAAUGACGUGUACGUCCUUCGACGACUGCUACGGCAUGGUGUGCGGAAGGGAAAUGUCCGUCAUGUGCUCCGACUUUAAUACCUGCGUUUGUAAAGUCAACCACACGUAUGUUCCCGCCACAUGUACGGCAGACCAUGAGUGCCACAACCUCGACUGCUUCCCAGACCACCCACACAGGAAGUCCUGUGUAAACGGCACAUGCGCCUGUAACAGCCAUCUGCACCACCAACACCCAAACGUCCAAGGGGCGCUGUAGUCAGAUGUACCUGCACGGAUGGACAUUAAAUAAGCUUUAUAAAC